CAGGACUUUAUGUUUCAGCAGACAAUGUUAAGAGUGAAGGAUCCUAAGAAGUCACUGGAUUUUUAUACAAGAGUUCUUGGAAUGACACUGCUUCAAAAAUUUGACUUUCCUGCUAUGACGUUUUCGCUCUAUUUCCUGGCAUAUGAAGAUAAAAAUGAUAUCCCGAAAGGUAAAACUGAGAGAACAGCUUGGACCUUCUCUAGAAAAGCUACACUUGAACUGACACACAACUGGGGCACUGAAAAUGAUGACAGUCAGUCUUAUCACAAUGGCAAUUCAGAUCCCCGAGGAUUUGGACACAUUGGAAUUGCUGUCCCUGAUGUCCAUAAAGCUUGUAAGAGGUUUGAAGAACUAGGAGUGAAAUUUGUGAAGAAACCAGAUGAUGGUAAAAUGAAAGGACUUGCAUUUGUUCAGGAUCCUGACGGCUACUGGAUUGAAAUUUUGAAUCCUAACCACAUGGUGACUCUCACUUAGUUCAAAUGAAAUACAUUAUGUAAGAGAUGCCCACUUUGAGUCCCCUGGAGAAAAUCAGCAACAGUGUUUGUGAAAUUCUCGCUUGAGAGAAAUCAAUCACGUGUAGAGUCUCCUCUAAAACCAGCCCCUGGGACCUCACUGUACUUGAUUCCUUUUUUCUUGUCCUGUGAUGCUGCCACAAUUUGUUUCCAAUUAGGAAUACUCAAGUGUUUUUUGGAAGAGCGCUUGCACAGGUUUUCCUCUUGAAUGUGGAACGUUAUGUUAAUACUUCACUAAACACUAUGAAAAUAUA